UGCCCCACCCUCUCCACUCUUCCUGUCCAGUCCUGGAAACAACAGCGAUACACGCACUUCUUUCUCAGUUCAGAUACGACCCGGUGUGUGUGUACGUGUGUGAAACCGAGAGAGAGGAAAAAGUUUGUGAUAGAGGGAUAAAAGGAAAACAGAAGAAGGGAUGAAGUUGUGGAUUGUGUGUGUGUUGUGUGUGGCUCCAGCUCUAGGGAGCAGCAUAUGUAAAUCAGAAUCGCAGAGCAAUGGCUAUCUUGUCAGGCUCAGUAUUAAAACAGAGCUGGGAGAUAAUGCUUAUGACUGGAACGACAGUGAGAUGUACUUCUUCAGAGCCUCAGUGGCCUUCGCAAUGAUGAGCUACACCAACAAUGAGAAUUACACCGCCUCAAACGUCUUGGUGUGUAAUGAAACAAAGCGAGUAUCAUUUUGGUUCGUGGUGUCGUCGCCGAGCGACAGCUCUCAGCUCAUUCCCAAAAAUGUGGUGGAGAACGCCAUCAGGAAUUCGAGGAAUCGGAUCAAUAACGCGUUUUUGCUGACGGAUCAGACACUGGAGUUUGUGGGAAUAAACCCGACUCUGGCGGCUCCGGUGCAGUACGACACUCCACCAUGGCUCAUCGUGUUCGGAGUGGUGAUGGGAAUCGUGUGUGCCGGCAUCAUUGCCAUGCUCUUCAGCUCCUUCAUCCAGAAGACACGGGCGAAGAGGAAACACUCUGAGGAAGUGGAGGAAACCGGAGAAAGAGUGACAGGAAAUGGAAUAACGUGUGAGAUUCUGAAGGAGAAAGAUGGCUUUGAUAACCGAGGAUUCGCUGAUGAUCGCUUCACCCAACUCUAAAGACCGAUGCAGUUUAACACGUUUAUCAGGAACUUAGUGCAAACAACUGAGCUAAUGUUGCUAGUAGCAGAAGUCAGGCUUCACUAGCCUUUACUUCCACUCAGCUCCAGAAUUAUUGGCAGCCUUGGUAAAUAAAUAUUGGUAAAACAUAAAUAUGGCACGAUACCACUUUUCUUUUCUGAUACUGAAACCUUGAGCAUCAGCCGACUCCGAUAUCGUUUUCUUUUAAAACUAUUAAGCUUCCUUUCUUUUCUUUCUUUUAACUGAAGCACUUCACAGUUACACUCUUACACACAAAAAUCACUUACUUUACAUUGUACCAAUCCCAACAAUUUGUCGGUUCCAAAUAAAUUUCUUUACUAAAUCCAAUUCCAAUCUUUGCCAUUUGUUCUGAUAUCCCAGAUGUUCUCUUCAAUAUCCGAUAAACCAUUUUUUGCUGGUAUCAGUCCGAUAUUGAUUCUGUGUAAGAAAAGGUUAUGAAAAAAGUCUUUGUGAACAAAUAAAUUUGUUUUGCUAUUUAUUUAGCUAGGAAACUGCGGUUAAUCUGGAACCACUGAAAACAUAGCAGGAAUCUAAGCUUUAAUUUAUAAGUAAAUUUAUUCUAAAAUGUAAAAAAAAUAAAAAUAAAAAUAAUCAAAGAAGAAAAAAAAAUUUGUUUCAAUAAAUUGACAAAGAAUUAAAGGUCAGAUUUCAUUAUUAUUAUUAUUAUUAUUAUUAUUAUUAUUAUUAUUAUUAUAUUUACAUAUAAAAAUAGUGUGAUAUAAAAGCUGAAAUAAAACAGUAAUAUAGGUGAAAAAAUGUAAUGUGAGCUGACUGUAUGAUUAAAAAUAUUACCCAAUUCUUUCUGAAGCGAAUCAGUUUUAUAUUCAGAUUUAUAUAAUAGCUAUAAUUAUAUGCAAGAUGGUCAUGCAGGUGGAAAUUAUUCUAAAAUUAUUAGUUACGUAACUGUUAUGACGAAUAUCAUCAUAACUUUAACCUUUUUUUUUUUUUUUGUAAUUUUUUGUUAUUUGUUUUUAAUCAUGCUAAUUUGUCAAAUGCCAUUUCUCCACCUGCUAUACUGCACUAAUAUAAAUCCAGUACAGUGAAUAAUGAUUAAUACUGAGUCUGGAGCUGUGUGUGAAUGAGCUGUGUGUGAAUAUAAAGACCAGCUUGAGGAAAUAAACUGAAUGAUAUUUCAGGUUGAUUUGAGGAAUUAAGGUAAAUGUGUAAAUGUUUAGAGUUUUUCACACAGCGUACGUGAUGAAAUAAAAGCAGUUUGUAUCACA